UUUAAUGACUUUGGUGUUUUCCAAUUAGUUUCAAUUGUAUCAAUUAACUUAAUUGCUUAUUAAUUUACCGUUAGGAAAAGUUUGACAUUUUAGCCGAAAGCAAAAACCAAAGCGAAACCAAUACAAAUGUCAAUCAAAUUGAAUAUCGUCCAUAGUAUUUGCUUAAUUGUGAUCAGUUUAAAUUUGAUUGCAUGUGCACAAAGUGAAUGGUCUUAUUCAGCAAACGAUCCGGAUAUUGGUAAAUCUCCUUGUGAAUUAAUUGAGUCUCGUAAUUUUAUCUGUGAAACCCAUUGGGUGACCACUUCCGAUGGUUACAUUUUGACCGCUUAUCGAAUCGUAAAUCCCGUUAUUCAAAAAGCGGGGAAAAAGACAAUUAAACCCUAUGUACUUCAACAUGGUCUCUUUGGGUCAGCAACUCAUUUCCUAACCAAUUCUUUAGGUGGUCAAGCCGAUGAUUGGACUGUUGACCAGAUUAAAGCAGAUUUAAAUUACGAAGGUCGCAAUUUAGCUUAUCUCUUAGCUAAUUUCGCUUAUGAUGUUUGGAUUGUAAACUCAAGGGGAAAUUGUUUCUCAAAGAAUCAUACUCAACUUGACCCGAAACGAGACUCAAGUUAUUGGAGAUUUUCAUUUGAUGAAAUGAUCGCUUUCGAUACUCCCGCUUUCAUUGAUUAUAUUUUAGAAAAAACUGGUGCAGAGUCUCUUGGUUGGAUUGGUCACUCUCAGGGUACAUUAGUCAUGUUCGGGUUUUUGGCCGAAAGGCCUGAUUAUACCGAUAAAGUAUCUCCGUUUGUUGCAAUGGCUCCAAUUGCUCAUGUUGAACAUAUAACAUCACCGAUUCGAUACUUGACCCAAAUACCUGGAUUGAUGGACUUUUUUUUCACCUUUGGUGGUGAGUUAACAUUACCCCAAGUUCUGGUUGACAUAAUGGCUCAGGCAGUUUGCGAUAAAACCGUUAUUCGUGAAGCUUGUGGAUCAUCGUUGUUCUUGGUUUGUGGUUAUGAUGCUGCUCAAUUAAACUUCACCCGAGUUCCCCUUUACUUUAGUCAAGCCUUAGGUGGAACCUCAGCUUGGGAUUUACUUCAUUUCGGUCAGAAUAUAAUCAACAAGGGAUUCUUGAAAUUUGAUUAUGGUGCCUUAGGCAAUCUCGCUCAAUAUGGACAAAUUAAACCACCUGAAUAUAAUUUAGGUGCAAUCAAAUCUGAAUCGAUUAUCCUUCUCGACUCAAAUAACGAUCCAUUAGCUGAUCCAGAGGAUGUUGAAAUAUUGAGAAAAUCAUUGAAAGUUCCUUUCACUGAAUAUCGUGUAACUGAUCCUUUGUUCAGUCAUUUGGACUUCAUUUGGGCAAUGGAUGUUUACAAUUUAGCUUAUAAACCAAUGUUGGAAAUAAUUAAGAAAUAUGAUUAACUAAUCAAUGGAUUCUCAUUUUAACAAUAUCAAUCAUUCAAAAUUUGAUGUAUUAUUAUUUUUAAAAAAUAUUUGUUUUAUUUUAUUAAUUAAAAUAUAGUAUAAGUGAUAAA